GGUCGAUGGGCCCGGUUCGCCGUUCACUGCUCCUGGGGCCGGUGGGGCCCCCGCCGGGCCGCGCGGUUCCUCGCCGACGCGGUGCGGGGCGCGGGCGGCGCGGCGCGGCGCGCGGGCGGCGGGGGCUCCUGCGCCGAGCUGCUGGAACAGCUGCGCCGCGGAGGCGUCGGCGCCGCCGAGCCGCCGCGGCGAGCGCCCGAGGUGCGGCUCGCCGGCGAGCUGGAGCUCUUCCUGCAGAGGGGGUCCCUGGACGCCGCGGCGGGCUCCGCCAGCUCCGUCGUGCGCCUCUUCUGCCACCCCGGCGACCGGGCGCGCAGGGUGUCCUCCGCAGUGGCCGCCGCCCGCGCCGAGGGCUGGCCCAGCGGGGCGCUGCUCGCUGUGGGGCCCGAGGACCGUGCUCUCCCGGGGUGGGCGGGGCGGCGGCAGCUCUGGCGGCAGGUGUCCCCGGCGGUGGGCCUGUCCACGGACAUGGCCGUCGUCGCCAUGUGCGCCCUCGCGACGGACGCCCUGGGCCACGAGGGCCACAGCUGGGACGGCAAGAGCUGCAGCAGCACCUGCGACACCGCGGACGCGGCGGCACGGCACAGG